GAUGUGGCCCGAUUCCGACCCGAUUUGAAACUUCUCAUCAGCUCGGCCACUCUGGACGCACAAAAAUUUUCUCAUUUCUUCGAUGAUGCGCCCAUCUUCCGAAUUCCCGGUAGACGGUAUCCUGUUGAUAUAUACUAUACCAAAGCACCGGAGGCGGACUAUAUAGAGGCGGCGGUAGUAACAGUAUUGCAGAUUCACGUGACGCAACCACCAGGAGACAUUUUGGUCUUUUUUACGGGGCAAGAGGAAAUUGAGACUGCCAACGAAGCGCUACUGGAGCGUACCAAAAAAAUGGGCAGCAAGCUGCGUGAGCUCAUCAUCCUUCCUAUUUAUUCAGCUCUCCCCUCAGACAUGCAGGUUGGUGCGUCCUACCCGAUACCACUCCCUUUUCUGAUCCUCUUCGGGGCUUUUUUAUACCUUUCAUGGAAUCGUUGA